CAAGCGGUCGUUAAUAGCUACGUGGAAGCCGUAUGAGUAACAGCAAUAUGAACCGGGUGACGAUUAUCGCGUUCGCACUUUUCUACGUGCUGUGUUGUUCCGCGUCCUGUCUCGCCUUUAAGUUCGCUGAUUGCGGUUCAACGUUAGGCAAAUUCACGGAGGUAUCGGUUUCGGGGUGCAGCACGUCUGAUGAAAGAUGUGCCUUGGUGCGCGGUACCAACGCAUCUAUAUCUAUCAAAUUCACGCCUAACAAUGAUAUCUCGCAAAUGAAUGUACGUGUAUACGGCGUACUAAUCGACGUUCCGGUACCUUUUCCAUUAAACAAGCCUGACGCAUGCAAGGAUCCUGAUGAUGGGAUCGAAUGUCCUUUACACAAGGAUCAAGAAUAUCAUUACACGACUACGAUGUUUGUGCAGAAGAAGUUUCCUUCGGUGAGCGUUUCUAUUAAGUGGGAGUUUGUGAGUGAAAAAGACGAAAAAAUAGUAUGCAUAGAAUUUCCAGCCAAAGUCAAGUGAUUCGAAAGAUAUUUUUUCAACAAUUGCGAAAUAGAGAACAAUAUUAAAGAUUGUAUUUUUAUAAAUGUGCCAUUUUCUAGAUAAAGUAAUUUCAAAUACCUAUUACUAAAACAUCGAUAAGAAAAAUAAAUAACAAUGAAAUAAAAAUAUAAAAA